GGGAGGGAAUGAAUUGAUGUUAAUGGGACACCACUAUAGCCUUCAGCAUCUCAGUUUUCCUGGUGGAUUUUCCAUCACACAUUUAUCCACAAUCUGCCCCUUUGAAUUGCACAGUUUUUAUCUGCAAUUUUAUUUGACUUUCUUACAACAAGUACUCGUCAGUUGUUUUGUUAUUACUCCGGGUCUUCUUUUGAUUCUUCCCCAUAUUACAGAGAUGGCUCACAUGGCCUCGGAGAUAAUUGCUUUUAUCCUGGCAGUCUCGGGAUGGGUGCUGGUUAGCUCUACUCUGCCCACUGAUUAUUGGAAGGUCUCCAGUAUCGACGGCACUGUAAUUACCACGGCUACAUUCUGGUCAAAUCUCUGGAAGACUUGUGUCACUGACUCCACCGGAGUGUCCAACUGCAAAGACUUCCCAUCCAUGUUGGCACUAGAAGGGCACAUACAGGUCUGUCGAGGAUUGUUGAUAGCAGCUGUCAGUUUUGGAUUCUUUGGUUCCAUUUUUGCUCUCAUUGGGAUGAAAUGCACCAAGAUCGGAGGAUCCGAUAACACAAAAGCAAAAAUCACCUGCUUCUCGGGUCUGCUCUACAUUUUGAGUGGUAUCUGCGCUAUGGCUGGAGUGUCCCUUUACGCUCACAAGAUCACCUCAGAAUUCUUUGAUCCGACAUUUCUGGAGCAGAAGUAUGAACUGGGAGCGGCACUCUUCAUCGGAUGGGGUGGAUCUUCUCUCUGUGUUAUUGGCGGAGCUGUCCUCUGCUUCUCUUUAAAUGACACCAUCAAAGCCCCAAGAAUAACUUAUUCUUACAAAGGAGUCACCUCCGUUCGGUCAGCACGUUCAAACAUUCAGAAUGGGAGCAAUGGCCAAAAUGCACAAAGAGGAGUUCCCAGGAACUUUGACAAGAAUGCAUAUGUUUGAUUGGGUAACUGGGAUACAAAUGCACAAGCACAAGGAAAUACGUUAUUCUAUCCCCUGCAUUCUGCUGUUUAAUAGCAGGGAAUCCACCAUAUUGUUUUCUCCCCUCUCCAAGUAUAACAAAAAAUAUUUACUAUGUUUUAUAAAAUAAUGACAAAACAUUCAUAUGGCACCUUCCCAAGAGACAGGACUGAAUUCCAGCCCAUAUACCCUGUUAUAGGGUGAUUUUGAUACAAAGGACCCAGGGCCUAACAUAUGACUGAUCAAGCCACAUGGGGCUGACACAAAGAAGAUGGCAAGUUUAUCCCUGCAACACACACAGGGACCUGUAAGGCUUCUUUAUUACUGAACAGAACCUGUAAGGCUUCUUUAUUAUGGGACCACAACAUAAAGCUAAUUUUCAUACAAAGUACAAUCCACCAUGCCUGUUUCCUAUUGUUUCUGCUUUGUUUUCCAUUUUA